CGCGCGCAUUCACUGUAUUAGAUUUAGCGCCAUUUAUGAGGAGAGGAGGGUUUGUUGACAAUCACCAAAAGGGCGCUAAUGUAGACAAAUAAGGCAAAGAAAGAAGUUUGCCGAAAAAAAUGGCAGAUCUCAAGAUUUAUAGCUUAAGCAGUAUACAAGAACCCCCAAAUCAACUUAGAACAAGUGAUGGCGGGUUCUACCAGUACUGUUCAGUUCCAUUGCCUGAUCAAAUGGUUGUUUUCUGUUUGGGAAAAUUCCCUGAUGGUGAUGGAGAUGUGUCAAUCGAAGCCAUGUUUCAAUACAAAGAUGACAUUUUGACACUGGGCACACUCAGUGAAAAGAAUAGAGCCCUGUGUUGGGAGAGAGGCUGUAGUAGCUUACCAGAGAGUAUGGUAUCAACCGCUGAGAAUGGUAUGGCAAAGCUAGUAUUGGAGAUCCACGGGGUUACAAAGUCCUCCAGUGACGAAGAGAUGCACACAGCACCAGCCGUUGUCAAGACAAAAGCAUCAAAGAAGAGCGAACAAGAAAAGACAGAGAAAACACCACAGAUUGUUGAAAAGAAGACUGAACCAAUCAAGCCAACCAAACAAAAAAGAAGGUCAAGCACGGGAAAAGGAGAGAAGACACCAACCGGUCCAUCCUCUAAGAAACAGCGUAAAAAUACUCGGGUCCGAGGUUUGAAACUCAAGUUGGAAAAUGAAUCGUCAUCAGAGGAGAAAUCUGACAAAGAAAACAUCACUACGAAGAAAAAUACCCCAUCCAAGUCGGACGAGUUAGAAAAGAAGAUCAUCCAUCGCCAGCCUCCUAACCUCACCAAAGUCACUCUAUCAUUCUGUAAAGAUGUGACAAGCAGAGUUGGACCAAACCCAAGCAGUCGAUGGGGACACAGCUUGUGUAUGGUACAUGAAAAGAAGAUGGCUGUACUUGUUGGAGGACAAGGUGAACGGCAACAACUCAGCAAAGAUUCAGUCUGGACACUUGAUCCAGUGACGAGGAAGUGGCGAUGCCCAGAACUGAAGUCUGAGACCCAGAAGCCAGAGUACAGGAUGGGCCACACAGCCUCCUAUGAUCCCAUGGUCAAUUGUAUAUACGUGUACGGAGGGUCCAAAAACCUCAAAUGGUUCCACGAUGUACAUAUGUUAGACAUUGAUGAAUGGAAAUGGCAGCAGCUUAAGGUAUCUGGGAAAGCCCCAACACGAGCGUACCACAGUGCAACACUGUAUCGUAACGAGCUAUGGAUCUUUGGUGGAGUGUACCCUCGACCAGACCCCCAGCCCGAUGGCUGCAGUAAUGAUGUACACAUCUUCUCACCUGUCAUGGAGAGUUGGUAUUCACCAAUCAUUAAGGGAGACAAACCCAUCGCCAGAUCUGGUCACUCAGCCACCCUGAUGAAGGACCAGCUAGUGGUAUUUGGAGGCUGGGAUGCUCCUUAUGUUUACAACGACCUUCACAUCCUUGACCUCAGUAUGGUGGAAUGGUCUCAACCCAAGGUAUCAGGCACCCCACCUAAUCCACGCAGUUGGCAUGCUUCCAGUGCACUGACUGGAAACCGAAUCCUUAUUCAUGGAGGCUAUGAUGGCAACUUGGCUUUAGAUGACACUCAUGUCUUCUGUCUUGAUUCUCUGACUUGGAUGAGAAUCCGUCUGGAUCCCAAACCAAUCGCCCGAGCUGGUCACCAGGCAGUCUGUCUACCUUACUCCCAUGACAACGACGAUCAAGACGAGGUGUUGGUGUUUGGAGGCGGCGACAAUGAUGGCGCCUUUUACAGGGAUCUCAUCAGUGUCAAUGUUGCUUUUAACCCGGAGCUGGAGAUUGUAAAUACAGACAAUGAUGCUCCGCCAAUCUUGUCCUGCAUAGAUGGAAAUGUGACCUGUUAAAUUGAUGUCAAGAAUAUUCUGAGACAUUGUUAAGGAAAGAACAAAAACAAUCAAUAAUUACCUGCAUGCAAUUAAUUUCAAAAUUGUAAAUUAAUUGAUUUUGUUCUUUUUAGAGAACAAUCUGUUAAAUUAUAAUGUUUACCAUUUCAUUGUAAAAAGAAAAAGAUCAUGUUUCAUUAUUAAAUAUGUGCAAUUUUCCAAUCUUAUUUGUUGGCAGCAAAAUCUAUGUUAAGCAUUUCAGAAUCGAGUUUUGAUCCGUUAUGGAAUUGUUUAUAAACGUUCAUGCUGUUGUAUUAAUGUAUUGUAAUGAUAUUGUUAUGCUUCUUCUGUCACAGAAAUAGCAACUUCCUGUAAGAAUUUGUUUGUUGGAAGAUUAUAAUUUUGUUUUCUUUUGAAAAUGGAAUAUACAAAAUCAGGUCGAGGAGUUUCAAUGUAUUCAUGUUAUUCAAAGUUCUUUUACUUGUAAAUUUACUUUUUAAUAUAAAGUCAAUUUUCCUCACAGUAACUGUAAGUUUAUGUAGCAUAUUUAUAUAUAUCAGAAUUUUAAAUCCUGUAUAAUGAUUAACAUUGAAUGAUAAUGUUUUGAGCAUGUGAUCAUAAGUAUCUUUGUCCAAAAUGUUGUAGUGGCAGUAUUGCCAAAUAGUUAGAAGGGUUAAAUAUAAUUAAUAAAUAAUUCAAAUUCAAAACA